AUGGCAUUACUUGCUGAAAUUUGGAGUGUCUUUAUAGCCAUAUUGAGAAAAAGUGUUAGAAAUCUGCAGGCUUGUACAGACAUUAAUCUUAUUCAACAUGUUCUGCAUCGGUUAGCGAGAGCAGAAACAAUUGUUGCGGAUCUGUUAAUUGACAUGCUGGGUGUGCUGGCUAGCUACAGUAUAACAGUGAAGGAAUUAAAGCUAUUGUUCGGUGCAAUGAAGACAAUCAAAGGAAAAUGGCCAAGGCAUUCUGCAAAACUUUUAAAUGUUUUGCGGCAAAUGCCACAACGAAAUGGCCCCGACGUCUUUUUCAGUUUUCCUGGGCGAAAAGGAUCAGCAAUCGUCCUUCCACCAUUAGCGAAGUGGCCGCAUGAAUGUGGUUUUACAUUUACAACAUGGUUUAGGUUAGAUCCUAUUAACUCCGUUAAUAUUGAACGUGAAAAGCCAUACCUAUAUUGUUUUAAAACUGGUAAAGGUGUGGGAUAUUCGGCUCAUUUCGUUGGCAAUUGCUUGGUUCUUACAUCAAUGAAAAUAAAGGGCAAAGGCUUCCAACAUUGUGUCAAAUACGAGUUUCAACCUCGAAAGUGGUAUAUGAUCGCUGUUGUGUAUAUAUAUAAUAGAUGGACGAAGAGUGAAAUAAAGUGUUUGGUCAAUGGUCAACUUGCCUCAAGCACAGAGAUGGCAUGGUUCGUUUCAACGAACGAUCCUUUCGAUAAAUGUUAUAUCGGCGCAACGCCAGAACUGGACGAGGAGCGCAUUUUUUGUGGACAGAUGAGCGCAAUUUAUCUCUUCAGUGAAGCUCUAACAACCCAUCAGAUUUGUGCAAUGCAUCGAUUAGGCCCUGGUUACAAGAGUCAGUUCCGGUUCGAUAAUGAGUGUUACUUAAAUCUUCCCGAUAAUCAUAAAAGGGUGAGUGGUGAGCAGGAACUCACAAGCAUGGUGGAUCAAAGUAUAAUGACUGUACUGUAUGAUGGAAAAUUGUCUAAUGCGAUUAUGUUCAUGUAUAAUCCGGUGGCAACUGACUCUCAAUUAUGUCUUCAGAGUUCACCAAAAGGAAAUGCAUCUUAUUUUGUACAUACUCCACACGCUUUAAUGUUACAGGAUGUUAAAGCUGUAAUAACACACUCCAUUCAUAGCACAUUGAAUUCCAUUGGUGGAAUUCAAGUUCUUUUUCCGUUAUUUUCACAGUUAGAUAUGCCUUAUGACUGUAUUGCGUCUAAUGAUAUAAAACGAGAUCCAACUUUAUGUUCAAAACUAUUGGGAUUUAUUUGCGACUUGGUAGAAAGUUCACAAACAGUGCAACAACACAUGGUGCAAAAUAGAGGGUUCCUCGUAAUUAGUUACAUGCUUCAAAGAGCGAGUCGAGAGCAUCUUACUAUAGAAGUGCUUGCUUCUUUUUUGGAACUCACAAAACAUUUAGUCACAUGUCUCAGUGCUAAUAGUGAUCUCUUAUUGAAACAGUUAUUGGAUCAUGUCCUGUUUAAUCCAGCCUUGUGGAUUUAUACGCCAGCACCCGUCCAGACACGUCUUUAUUCAUAUUUAGCUACUGAAUUUUUAAGCGACACACAGAUAUAUUCCAAUGUUAGACGCGUUUCCACCGUAUUGCAAACAGUCCACACACUCAAGUACUAUUAUUGGGUGACAAGUCCUCGAAGCAAAAGUGGUAUUACGCCAAAGGGAUUGGAUGGACCAAGACCUCAACAGAAGGAUAUUUUGACAAUACGAUCAUAUAUUUCACUUUUUUUAAAGCAACUAAUUAUGAUUGGAAAUGGUGUUAAAGAUGAUGAAUUGCAAAGUAUUUUAAAUUAUUUAACUACAAUGCAUGAGGAUGAAAAUUUACAUGAUGUAUUACAAAUGCUUAUAUCAUUAAUGUCUGAACACCCAUCAUCUAUGGUUCCAGCUUUUGACACAAAACAAGGCGUUAGAACCAUCUUCAAACUUUUAGCAGCUGAAAGUCAAUUAAUCAGGUUACAGGCAUUAAAAUUGCUUGGAUUUUUUCUCAGUCGCAGUACACAUAAAAGAAAGUACGAUGUUAUGAGUCCUUACAAUUUGUAUACGUUACUGGCAGAAAGAUUACUUUUGAACGAAGAAACCCUUACUCUACCUACAUACAAUGUUUUAUAUGAGAUCAUGACAGAACACAUUAGUCAACAAAUUUUAUAUACAAGGCAUCCGGAACCGGAGUCACAUUAUCGACUAGAAAAUCCAAUGAUUUUGAAAGUUAUUGCAACACUCAUUAGGCAAUCAAAACAAACGGAGCAACUGCUAGAGGUAAAAAAACUUUUCCUGUCCGAUAUGACUCUUCUUUGUAACAAUAAUCGUGAAAAUCGCCGAACAGUCUUGCAAAUGUCUGUUUGGCAAGAGUGGCUAAUAGCAAUGGCUUAUAUUCAUCCAAAAAACACAGAAGAACAAAAAAUUUCAGAUAUGGUUUAUUCUUUAUUUCGAAUGCUUCUUCAUCAUGCAAUCAAACAUGAAUAUGGAGGUUGGCGUGUUUGGGUUGAUACGCUGGCUAUUGUACAUUCAAAAGUAUCCUAUGAAGAAUUUAAAUUGCAAUUUGCUCAAAUGUAUGAACACUAUGAGAGACAGCGAUCGGAUAAUAUUACUGAUCCUGAAGUUAGACAACAGAGGCCAAUUAGCACGAUAUCAGGUUGGGAUCAACAGCAUUCAGUGAAUAAUGGAUAUACUCGUUCAACUCAUUGGUUAAAUGAUCAAUCUCAAGAAUUGCAGCAUGUUAAUAACAAUUACAAAGAGUAUAAUGUAAUAGAAACAAAUGAUCGAUUAGAUGAGUCUUGUAGUUGUGAUCUAAACUCAGUAGACAAUACAGAGAGUGAUGGUAGUCCAGCUAUAAUUUUUCCUCGACAUGAAGUAAUUAACGAAGUCCAACAAGACAAUAUGAUAGCAUCCUCAGAUUCACAUUUGAAUGAUGUACAUGAUGUUACAUUAACUACACUGAAUGUAACCACUCAUAUAGAUUCAAUAACUAUUUUUGAAAAGAGUAACAAUGAAAUUUCACUACAAACACAAGAAACAAAUAAUUCAGCGUCAAUCAAUAGCGCUAGUGAAAUUUUCAACAAUCUUCAGAAAGUCGAAGAGUCGAAUUCGAAUUCAUUAAUUGAUGAAAAAUCAAAAAAUGAAAGCAUAUGCAAACGAGAAAACAAAAAUAACGUGCAUUCAUUAACAACUGUUAAGGACAGUACUAAAUCAAUUCAAUUAUCUUUUGUUACACUUGCCGUUGAAAAUGAAUGUAAUCAGACAAAUUUGGAAAUAAGUGAAAAUAAGUCACAAGAUAAUAAUUCUACCUUAAAAAAUAAGGAAUCUACUACUUCAAAGGAAACUACGAUAAGGUGUUCUAAAAAAUCAGAGAUUAAAAUAUCUGAAGGUAGUUUUAAUGAAGUUUGUUCAGUGUUACCUAAAAAAAUCAUAGAAGUCUCAAAUGAAAAUAAAGAUACCCAUGCAAAAUCUGUUACCGGUACCGAAAUUAAUGCUACUGGGACGAGUAUAGAAGAGAUAUCUGAAGAUAAAAAAUUAGAAACAUCUGAAACUGUUGAUGAAAUUAAUCUUACUACAGUUUCUAAUGUCUAUGAAAUUGAAUCCGAAAAUAUAAGUUCUAUUAAAGAUCAGGAAAAUAAAAUAAAGGAAUUCAAAGAGGAAUUAAUUGAAGAGGUAGUUUCAAUUCCAAAUGCAAUAGAAUUUGAUAAAAAUCAGUCUAUUAAUAUAAAAGAAGAAAUUGAAAAUUCAAAUAGCUCUAUUAGCUGUACGAUAAGUAGUAAAAAUAUAGACUUUUCAAAUAAUGAAAUUGAGAAUGAAAAUACAAAUAUAAUUACAACAAAUGAUUCAAUGAUAAAUGAUGAAUAUGUAGCAGAGAAAAGUGAAAACAAAAGUGCUGUUAUUGAUAGUACUGACAAUGAAAUCAUAAUUGAGCACGAUAUAAAGGAGCCGUCCAUAAUUUCUAUUAAUAUAAGUGAUAAUGAGGAAGAAGUGAUCUCGACUACUUUAUUACAGACGACAAAUGAUGCCGCAGUUGUAGAUUGUAGUGAAGUUUGUAGUAAUAGCAGUGUUAUUGAAAGUUCUCUAGAGAAUACGGUGAAAGUGCCAAAUGCCAAAAAGCAAAUUCCAACAAUAUCAACAGUUUAUGAUGCGACAGCAAAAAUCUUAACUGAUGGUAUUGUACCUCAAAAUGCCGAUACCGACGUAAUUGUCAAUGAAAAUCCGUUGAUAACUAAUGGUGUUUUUGAGCAUGUGAUAACCACCAACUUGAAUAGACGUAGAUCUAGUUUACCUAAUGUAUCAACGGAAAAUUUGAGUCGAGAAGACGAUAGCGAACAUGCCUCCGUAUCUCAAAGGAAGAAUUUCUCGCCUCAAAAACGACCAAGGAGUGCCUCUACAUCGACGCAAGUUGAAUCAAAUCAUUUUGAGCCUAAAAGAACGAUGAAAACAAAUCCCUCCACAAGACCUAUGUUUAGUCCAGGGCCGUCGAGACCACCUUUCAGAAUACCAGAAUUCAAAUGGUCCUAUAUUCAUCAAAGAUUACUAUCUGAUGUAUUAUUUUCUUUAGAAACUGAUAUUCAAGUUUGGCGAAGCCAUUCAACAAAAUCAGUGUUGGACUUUGUUAAUAGCAGUGACAAUGCAAUAUUUGUUGUUAAUACUGUGCACUUAAUUUCACAAUUAGCUGACAAUUUAAUAAUUGCAUGUGGUGGACUUUUACCAUUACUGGCAUCUGCUACCUCACCCAAUAGCGAAAUGGAGGUAAUUGAACCUACACAAGGGAUGCCAAUCGAAGUUGCCGUUUCUUUUCUUCAAAGACUUGUUAAUAUGGCGGACGUACUUAUUUUUGCAAGUUCUUUAAAUUUUGGGGAAUUAGAAGCUGAGAAGAAUAUGUCGAGUGGUGGAAUAUUAAGGCAAUGCUUACGAUUGGUCUGUACAUGUGCCGUUAGAAACUGCUUAGAGUGUAAAGAACGUGGCAGAACUUACAGCAUGUUAGGUCGACAAAUUGGUACUAGUAAUAAAUCACAGCACAUACAAUCACUAAUUCGUGGUGCUCAAACGUCACCUAAGAAUAUUGUGGAUAAUAUCACUCACCAACUUAGUCCUGUUAAAGAUCCUGAAAAACUUUUACAGGAUAUGGAUGUAAAUCGUUUACGAGCAGUCAUUUAUAGAGAUGUUGAAGAAACUAAACAGGCUCAAUUUUUGUCCCUGGCAAUAGUUUACUUCAUUUCUGUAUUAAUGGUAUCAAAAUAUCGUGAUAUAUUAGAACCACCAGUUUCACAACGGCAACCUUCUAGUCCUAUGCAGACAGUACAAACUAAUGAAGAAAAUGUAAGGCCUAGUAGCCCACCAGCAGACGUGAACGGCGGUGGAGGAGGGCGGCCUCUAUUUCCACAAUGGUCGCAUCACGUGUAUCCUCAGUUCCUCCCUGGUUCCCACCCCAACGCGAACGCGAAUGCCAACCAUCACAUCGGCCAGCACCAUCACGAACACCCACCGCUACCACUGGUCUCAGAACAAACACUCCGUCGCCGUCGACAAGCGAUUAAUCCCUCUGUCGCCAGCUACUACAUACCUAAUCAUUAUAGCAACCAUUAUAAUCAUCACUCUAACAAUUAUAGUUAUCAUCGUCAUCAUCAUUAUCAUCAUCAUAAUAAUAAUAAUCAUCAUCAUGCAAUACAAAAGCAUAUCGAUCAUUCCCAAAACAUCUAUCAUAGAAACUCUGGUUACGGUUCGCAAGAAAGCGGAGGAGUUAUUAGUCAAUCUGAAUCUCAAGAUGAUGGAGAAUACGAAGUUAUUAUUGUUGAUGAAAACAAUUCCUCUAUUUUGGCCGAUCAAGAUAUUCCAUCUUCUGGUCCACCUUCCACAAAGGGUGGCCACAGUGGUGUACCUCUCUCAAGGACAAUCCUCGAAAAUUACACCUUGACGGAAACAACAUUUUGCUCUACCACAACAAUUGAACCACUGCCAUGCAAGCCACAGAGCAAUGAUUCAAGUGAAGAAAGUAUGCAUCGUAAUAACGCCACUGCUGAUGGGAGUCCAUCCGAAAUAACAACGGAUAAUGAAAAUAAACAUAAUUCAUCAGAAGAAGCUUGGACUGAUGUAAACCUUAAUGAAGAAGGUGAUGCUGUUAUGAAUGAUCGCGAUGACCCAAGAAAUAUUCAUAAUAUCGUCCAUUCAGAAGAUGUACUAUCAAAUAAUGAGGAUAGUAUACCAGUUCAAGAAAUUCUCGAUAAUUCUGAACGAGGUGAAAAACCUACAGCGGAAAUUUCGGUAAUGCGUGUACCAGACCACCUGGUGACAGUCGCAUCCUCACGUCCCGAUGAUUUAUCCAUCAAAAGUUUGGAAAAUCAUCUACCAGUGCCGACACCUUCACGCGAAGCUUCUCUGACCCAAAAAUUAGAGAUGGCUCUAGGUUCUGUAUGUCCACUUUUGCGUGAAAUUAUGGUUGAUUUCGCUCCUUUUUUGUCUAAAACACUGGUUGGCUCGCAUGGUCAAGAAUUAUUAAUGGAAGGAAAAGGUUUAACGACGUUCAAAAAUAGUAAUUCUGUCGUUGAACUUGUGAUGCUUCUAUGCUCUCAAGAAUGGCAAAAUUCUCUUCAAAAACAUGCUGGACUUGCUUUUAUUGAACUCAUAAACGAAGGAAGGCUUUUAUCUCACGCAAUGAAAGAUCAUAUAGUACGGGUUGCUAAUGAAGCAGAAUUCAUUUUGAAUAGAAUGCGUGCUGAUGAUGUACUUAAGCAUGCUGAUUUCGAGACACAAUGUGCUCAAACUCUAUUAGACCGUCGUGAAGAGGAACGAACAUGCGACCAUUUAAUUACUGCGGCUAGAAGGCGAGAUAAUGUUAUUGCUAGUAGAUUACUAGAAAAAAUUCGUAAUAUUCUUUCGAAUAAACACGGAGCUUGGGGUUACAUGGAUCCCAUUGCUGCUAGACUAUCAGAAUACUGGAAAUUGGAUGCUUGGGAAGAUGAUGCCCGCAGGCGGAAAAGAUUUGUGCAUAAUCCAUUAGGCUCGAGUCAUCCUGAAGCAACUUUAAAAGCCGCCAUAGAGCAUGGAGCCCCCGAGGAUGCAAUUCUUCAAGCCCGUGAAGAAUUCCAUGCACAUCUUGCUGCUUCUAGAGUUCAUCAACAGCAACUGCAAUCUACGGAUCUUAUGGAUGAUAGUGAACUAUUAACCGAUGACAGAGAUCUUGAUGCUGACCUAGUCGGUCCAGUAAAUAUUAGUACAAAGGGAAAACUUAUAGCUCCUGGAAUUGUUGCACCUGGAAUAAUUUCGGUUACAUCAUCAGAAUUAUAUUUUGAAGUUGACGAAGAUGACGUAGAAUUUAAAAAAAUUGAC